GCUUCGAGGAUUCACUUCCGCUCCGGUCACGUGACUUGCAUCUCCCUGGCGGGGUGUAGUAGCCCCUGUUCUGUGCAGUGUUUCGUUCUAUCUUUUGGCCCUCAAAAUUACCUCUUCAGUUUUAUUCAGCAUCUAGGAGAUUAGGGAGGAGAGUAUCAGCUUAAUUUGCACCAUGGAUCAAGAGUACGAUGGAUAUAUGGAAGAAGAGGAGGAGUGGGACAGAGAAGGAUUACUCGACCCGGCAUGGGAAAAGCAACAGAAAAAGACGUUUACAGCAUGGUGCAACUCCCACUUACGAAAGACUGGCCCACAGAACCAAAUCGAGAACAUCGAGGAGGACUUUCGGAACGGCCUCAAGCUGAUGCUGUUGUUAGAGGUGAUCUCCGGGGAGCACUUACCCAAGCCAGACCGUGGCAAGAUGCGCUUUCACAAGAUCGCCAACGUGAACAAAGCCCUGGAUUUCAUAGCCUCCAAGGGUGUCAAGCUCGUCUCUAUAGGUGCCGAAGAAAUCGUGGAUGGCAAUGUGAAAAUGACCCUGGGUAUGAUCUGGACCAUCAUCCUCCGUUUCGCCAUCCAGGACAUCACAGUUGAAGAACUGACAGCCAAGGAGGGACUGCUGUUGUGGUGCCAGAGAAAGACGGCGCCCUACAAGAACGUCAAUGUACAGAACUUCCACCUCAGCUGGAAGGACGGUCUUGCCUUCUGUGCCUUGAUCCACCGCCACCGACCUGAGCUCCUUGACUACUACAAGCUAUCAAGGGAAAACCCACUGGAGAACCUCAACACAGCUUUCGACAUUGCAGAGAAGCAUCUGGACAUCCCCAGGAUGUUGGACCCCGAGGAUAUGGUGAAUUCUGCCAAACCAGACGAGAGAUCCGUCAUGGCAUACGUGUCUUCCUACUACCACGCCUUCUCGGGUGCUCAGCAGGCUGAGACUGCAGCCAACAGAAUCUGCAAGGUCCUGAAGGUGAACCAGGAGAACGAGCGCCUCAUGGAGGAGUACGAGAGACUGGCCAGCGAUCUCCUGGAAUGGAUCCGCCGCACCCGCCCCUGGCUGGAGAACCGCACGACAGACAACACGCUGCCGGGCACGCAGCGGCGCCUGGAGGAGUUCCGCGACUACCGCCGCUCACAGAAGCCGCCCAAGCUGGAGGACAAGGCCAAGCUGGAGAACAGCUUCAACACGCUGCAGACGCGCCUCCGCCUCUCCAACCGCCCCGCCUACCUGCCCACUGAGGGCAAGAUGGUUUCGGACAUUGCCAAUGCUUGGAAAGGACUCGAGACAGCAGAGAAAGGCUUUGAAGAGUGGCUGCUCUCUGAGCUGCAAAGAUUGGAGCGCCUGGACCACCUGGCCCAGAAGUUCCGCCAUAAGUGUGAGAUCCACGAGGAGUGGGCCACGGGCAAGGAGGAGAUGCUGCAGUCCGGAGACUUCAAGAGGUGCCGCCUCAAUGAGCUCAAGGCCAUGAAGAAGAAGCACGAAGCAUUUGAGAGUGAUUUGGCAGCUCACCAAGACAGAGUUGAACAAAUCGCAGCCAUUGCCCAGGAGCUCAACACCCUGGACUACCAUGACGUUGCUACAGUUAAUGCAAGAUGCCAGCGUAUCUGUGACCAGUGGGACGUCCUUGGCCAGCUGACCACCAAGAGGCGCGAGGGUUUGGAGGAAGCCGAGCGUAUCCUGGAGCGCAUCGAUCAGCUGCACCUUGAGUUUGCCAAGAGGGCUGCUCCCUUCAACAACUGGAUGGACGGUGCCAAGGAGGACCUUAUGGACAUGUUCAUUGUGCACACCACAGAGGAGGUGCAGGGCUUGAUCGACGCCCACGAGCAGUUCAAGGCCACCCUGGGCGAGGCUGACAAGGAGUACUCGACCAUCGUCAGUCUGGUCCAGGAGGUGACCAGGCUGGGCCAGCAGUUCGGCAUCACCCCACCGGACAACCCGUACACCACCCUGCACGCACAGGAGGUUCAGGAAGCCAUGAUCUUUGAGAACCGCUAUACGCAAUAUACAAUGGAGACGUUGAGAGUUGGUUGGGAACAGCUGCUCACAGCUAUUGCCAGGAACAUGAAUGAAGUUGAAAACCAGAUCUUGACCAGAGACUCCAAGGGCAUCAGCGAGGCUCAGAUGAACGAGUUCCGCAUGUCCUUCAACCACUUUGACAAGAACCGCACCAAGAGGCUGGAGCCUAAGGAGUUCAAGGCUUGCCUCAUCAGUUUGGGCUACAAGAUCAGAGAUGACAAGCAGGGCGAGGCCGACUUCCAACGCAUCAUGUCUAUCGUGGAUCCGAACCGCACGGGUUACGUGACGUUUGAGGCGUUCCUGGACUUCAUGACCCGCGAGACGGCCGACACAGACACAGCCGAGCAGGUCAUGCAGUCUUUCAAGAUUCUGGCUGGAGACAAGCCUUUCAUCACAGCCCAGAUCCUGCGCCAGGAGCUGCCUCCCGACCAGGCUGAGUACUGUAUCCAGCGCAUGGCUCCUUACUCGGGCCGCGACGCUGUGCCCGGCGCCCUCGACUACAUGUCCUUCUCCACAGCCCUCUAUGGCGAGAGUGACCUCUAAAAGCCGACCGGGCAAUAGCCGCCAUGCUACCGCCCCGCCCCCAUCCUUCCCCCGCUCCCCGCACACGAUUGGGGUGCUAGGGUUGUCUCAUUUAGGCUCUCUUCUCCCCCUCCUCCACCUCCUCCUCCUCUCUCCUUCCUUCUCUUUAUCUCCUGCUCGUUCUGGCUCUUUCACGGUCUGUCUGGUGCACGUUUCCUCUCUAAACGACCCUGGACUAUCCUCCCCACCCCCACUCCCCCUUGACCCACUCUUUGUCUGAUGCAGGAGUCUCUUCCAUAUCACAGGGCCUCCCAAAUCCUUGUAUUUGUGGGAAGCUUCCAAGCAGGGUUUUUUCUUCUUAAAAAGGGCUCAACUGUGAGGUGCUAGUCCAGAGAAAUGGCAGUCUGUAGGUACGAAGUCGUGAAGUACAAAGUCGUGAAGUACAUCCUUUCAGGUUGGAUGAAGUGACUAAUUCCUCCACGUAGUGUGGUGUAGUCUUUGAUGACUCGUUUUGAAAGGAAAGGUGAAAAUUUCAUCGUUUAUUUACAACCACACGAAAAUGGCAAAAGAUGAUAGUAGUUAUCGAGCAUAAAGGGGUUUAAAAAAUACUUCUUUUUUUUUUUCUCUCUCUCUCUUCUAUAGCACAUAAUGUCAUUAUUGCUGAUGAGUUCCUCCUAAGUGUUCUGUGGGGUGGUCUGUGCGGGGUGAGGGCUGCCAUGGGUGUGGACUUUGAGUUGAGUGGGGAUGUCUGUCGCUUGUGUCAGGUCCAUGCUCUAGUGUUGGGUUCUGUAGAUAGAAUUUUAAAACUGUACAGUGUGUCAAGCAGCUAGUGUGUCGUGAUUGGUUCAUAGGUUUGUUUGUUUUUUUUUGUUUUGUUUUUGUGAGUUUUUGGACCCGAUUCUAAUUGGUUUUGUUUCUUUUUUUUUCUCUGUUCUGUAUUGUUUUUGUGAAAGUUGUAGUGGUAAAACAGAGAGAGAGUGUACUUGGUGUGUAGUUUUAUUUUUCCCAAAAAAAAAAUGUCCUCUAAGGGUUACUUUUGAGCCUGGUCACAUAUCAUUUUGAGAUAUUGAAUUUUGCAUUUGACUUGCACAGUUGUUUUAACACUAUAUCUCAUGAUCUAUAGGUGGUAGUCCUUUGUUAGUUUUAUGAGGCUCUGUUUUCAAGUCUUCUCCUUAGAAAUAUAUUAAUGCACAAACAUUUAUAUUUGAAGCUUGAUGAUAAUAAAUAUUGUUGUUACCAGAGAUAUUUCAGCGGGGUAUUCUUUUUUUACACGGUAAUCAAAACUUUUGUGGUUAAUGUUCAAAAGUUGGUUCAAAAUUGUUAGCCUCAUUUUUUUAAACUGAAGAGGCUACUUUUGUCUUUGGUUUCCCCCCAUUCAUUGUAUUUGCGGAAUUGGUUGUGACAGCUGUUGAAUGUGGCAUUUUUGUAUUAAUGGAGAGAAAUGAAAGCAAGGCUAAAUUUCAUUUUGAAGAAAAGAUUAGAACGACCGAUAUGAUGCAAUCUGCGAACACUCAGUGCCUUUCAUGCUGUGCUCCGUUGUAGUCUUGCCCCGUCUCCCUCGAUACGUCCUUCACCUUUUUCUGUAUGGAUGUGACAAAACAUCACAGUACAAGCAUUUCACCUGCUCAAUCUCAGUAGACAGCCUUUCAGAGCCCUUGUCUUCCUCGUCUCCCUCUCCCCCACCCCCUACAGUCUGUAGGUAUUUUGUAUUUGUCCCUCGUCAACUGGCUUUGUUUUGAGAAAAGAAUGUCUAGACACCUUGUUACCAAGCCACACACUCAAGCUGCCGGCUCUCUGCUGAGCCAUUUGUUGUUGAGUGUACGUGUGUGUGGAGCCUCAUUUUUGGGCCCUCGCAUGUGAGUGUUUAUAACAUUUGAGUGUAAUACUAUCUGUUGACAUUGGACUCUUAUGUCUGGACAAAGUUGGAUAUAUUUUUGUGUUGAUCUAUUUAUUGUUUGUACACACGGAAUGAACACCCGACAACAUGGCAGCCUAGGUGUAUGGUGAAAUCACUCAGCAAGUGCCAGAGUGACAGAAAAACAUGUGAACUUCUUUCCAUUUCCAUACACCACCACUACCACUUUUCCGUCUUGUGCUUGAGCAUGCAGAAUGGUGGCUGCCUUUUGUAAUUUUUUAAAGACAGUAGUGUAGCUCUUACUUUGGCGAACCAACAAGUACCGCUGUGUCAAGCUGUGGAUCUACCUUUGGUGUCUCUCGUGUCCUUUGUCCCAGGCGAGACCAGGCAGAAACUUUUCCCCAUGGUGGGACUUCUCUGUCCAUAGUCGUUACACACACGCAUUUCUUUACAAUGCCUGCCAGGAGGCCAACCCUCUUUUGUAGUGUGGGCAAAAUUGCCAUCAGUGACCCAAGGGAAGAGCUAUUAGCAAUCUGAGGAAGUCAUAACCUUAGUAUGGAGAUUGUAAAGCGCAUAGAGCUUUCUGUGAAGCAGUGAUAUGCGCUAUACAAAUGCUGUUUGUUAUCAGUUGGAAUUCUCAGUAUUGGUGAGACCCUCGCUGUCAUCACUGCCAUUUUACAAACUGUCCCAGCUGCACUUGUGCAGAUAUUCUCGAUCAACUGACCGCUUAUCUGAAUUUGAAGCACACCACUAUAACGACCAAAACCACCACCACAAUCAUUGUGACGGAUAGGUUUCUUUUGGGUGUGUGCAGAAAGCAAUACUUUUUUUUGGUACCGUACUGGAAGCGGGGCCGUGGGUUAGCAGGUUGUUGUUCCACUCUCUGAGAAUUUCGCUUUAGUGAUGGAGGUCAUGACGGAGGCCAUCCCUGACUAGCGUUUGGCCAAGUGGCCCGUGGAGGCCGCCACUCUGUAACGUGACUGACCACAUGUGGCGUGCGGCACAGUUAAGGACGUAACAGCUUAAACAUGAUUCACCUUAUCCCUUAAUGUUGCUGCCUGAUUGCCGGUGAGAGAUUUUUGCUCGAACUGUCAAAGUUGACUAUUCCUGAAGCAGACUAUACAUUGAUAUAGAUUAGAAACAUUUGAGUUGUUAGAACAUCUCCUGUUCCUUUGUUCUAUGAUUCUAGUGUUCCCAGCAAGUUUAUCUGUAGUGGUGACUGACUGUUUAGCACAAACGACUGGUGGUGUGAGGGAGGGCUACCGUAUAUAUAUGUCCAGUUGUUUGGUGAUGCGGCGUGUCUGUAUACGUCUAUCUAUCCGUCUCACUCUCAUUUUGUGGUUCCACUCCUGUCUACCCAGCUCCUCACUUUGGAUGAGAAUACUUGAUGACUGAACACACACAACACACACACACUUUUGUUCUUGCUCUUCCAGCAAUGUGUAUAGUUAACCAAUGCCCUCUCAUGACUUGUAGAUAAAUCAAGAAAGAAGGAAAAAAAUCGAUAAUUCUUUGAGAAGACUGAAUGGAAUGCCCUUUGUUGUUGUCUGUUUUAGGAACGUGUGCCUGUGGCAUGACCGUGUGUGUGUGUGUGUGUGUGUGUGUGUGUGUGCGCGCGCCUGUAUAAUCAGAAGUAUGUAAGUUUACAUUGUUGCAAGGCCACUGUAGUGUACUAUGAGAAAACAGUUAGAGUGAAUAUCAAACGAGUAGAUGCUUGGGACUUUUUGUUCCACUUUUCCAAUGUUUGCUGUUUGUUAUUUUUCCUUUGUCCUUUCCUUAAAUUUACAUGUAUGUAUUGACACUAUCCUUGAGUUGUAUGAAGUCUCUUAAUGCAGUUUUAUGUGACGGAGUAAAUGAGUGUGUCACAGGUUGGACUAUUUGACGAUUUAUGUGCCCAUUCCUGAGGAAGAUCUGACCAAAUUGUGUUGAUAAUGCCGUAAAACAUCUACUACAUUAAAUCAUCAAUCUGUCAGAAAUAUCAAAUGAAAUGUAAAUGUUUGCUCCCACAAACAGCAGGAAGCCAGUCUGUCUUUAUAACGAAACAAUCGUUCUUGUUAAAAAACAGGAACAGUUUUAAUAGAGUUCCUAUCCUUGAGGCUGGUCUGUGGAUGUGUGGAAAACAAAGGGUAUAAUUUUUUUCGUAUGGAAAAAGGGGAAUGGGGCUUCCUUCAUUACUCGAGAAAUAUGUUGUCCGAACUUGUGAACCUCAUUACCCGUUCCUCAGGUCCACGCAUGUGGGCCACACACAGCUUUUCACCUGAAUUUGAAUGAACUCGAGAAAACCUCAAUCAGAUCUUUAACAAAAGAGAGAGAGACAGGGUGUGGAAAAGAUCAAGAAUGUGUGAGGAAUGCCUGUGCUUGUGUGUGCGACAGGUAGAUACCAUUGCAUGAGCUGCAUUUCAUUUGGGUUUUUUUUUUGUUUUUUGUUUUUGUUUUUGUUUUCUAUGCCCUCUUUCCUUGUACUGGCCAGAUGUAGCCUAAUAGUAGAAGACAUUCUUGCUAUUAUUACUGUGCUUAUUGCUUUAUGAACUACCGCGGCUAAACCAUGAGAGGACAGCUGUGUCGGACAUGCCGGAAAAACGAUGGUUACUAUAUAUUUAAUCCCUGGUGUCAUAAUUAUAUAAUGACGAGUAAAGAAUAAUUAUACUGGUCUCUAAGGAAUUGGGGUAAACUUUUGUAUCUUUUUUGUUUAAGUUAAACUACAAAUUUUAUCAUCCUAUUGUAUGAUGUAAUCGCUUUUUACCACUUACUUCAAACAUUUUUCUCCAAACUUUGUUGUUAUUUCCUUCAAAUCUCCAGAAAUAAUGGCUUACGAUAUACCCAAUACCGCAUCUUAUUGUACAAAAUGUUUCACUUUGUUGAAGUGCUUAACAUAAAAUAAGUUUAGAACAAGCGACUGGUAGACGCACCUGAAUAGAGCAUGAUUCUGACAUUCUACUUGUUUCCUUCUUUUUUGUCUUUUUUUUUUGUAGUCCUUUGUUUUCAUGCGAUAGUUAUGAGCUCUUGUGGGGUUUACUCUUGGAGCGUAUAACUAGUGCUUCAUUUACGAGCUACCAGCUUAGUGUGAAAGUGGACUUUUGUUGUACUAGUACUGUGGAAUGAUGUUCAGUUUUCAGGCUGGGAUAGGAAGCUACCGACUUUCGAUUUGUAUACGUAUUUUAUACGUAUCGAAAUUGAAUUAAGUGGGUUAGUUUUCCUUUUAUUUUUUUGUUACUUUCGUUAGUUUUAGUGUAGUGUCUAGAUUUUUUGAUUUUUUUCUCGGUGCGAAGUCUGCGCUCAUGAGUUUUCGUCGAAACGUUACCACAGUUUGUUUUCUUUUAACAGUUUUUUUUUCCUGUAUAUUUUUUUUUCAGUAUCGUUAUUGAAUAUUAUACAUUUUAUAUUUGUUUCCUCUCUCUGUGUGUUUCAUAAAAAAAAGUGUUUCCACGUGACUGUGGUUUAGGUACUGCUGCUGUGAACUAGCAACAGAGAUGGUAUUAUAUUAUUACUAUUAUUAUUAUUAUUAAUAUUACAACAAGUUAUGACCAUGAAUCAAAUUUAGUCAUGCAGGGAUGGCCACCCUAAACCAGCUCUGUCCUCCAAUAGUAACCAAAAUAAAGUAUUGAAUACCCAUUCUU